ACUUUGAACUGCGAUAACUAAGUGAAACAGGUACCAGACCACAUGAUACAGGAAACACACCUGGCAGUCUACUUCAUAAGUAAAUGGAAUGAUUGAAAGUGCAAGUGGUGAUCCACCAAAGCCGCAAAGAAACCUCGUGCUGGAAGUAAGACUAUGUACAGAACUCCUGAGCCCAACCAGCCGUAGUUCUGAGUCAGCCCCUGACACACUGUGUACUCGUUAUACUUUGGUGCUUGUGCAUAGUUCCCCCUCCUCCCUUUGAAGCCGUCCAAUCAUAGGCUUUAAUCUGUCUUAUGAUGUCAUUAGAGGAAGACUCUGAAAUGGGGUCUUUAAAGGCUAAGACCAAGCGCUCUCGCCACAGAGUUGACGCUGGUGAGCCACGAAACAACUACGCAGCGAUCCCCAAUUUCAGCUGCCGCCAGAGUCCGACGUAUCAGAAUGGGUAUAGCAUGUCGUCACCGACUCUAACUGUCGGAGAUUGUGACAACAUGGUGGUGAUUAACGCGUCCAUCCAACAUUCUAAUGAUGUGAACACUGGAUCAGCAAUGGCCGUAGUGUCCAACCUAGAAAUUCAGUCCAAACCUAGUAAACGUCUUGAGAGUUCAACCAGUAAUGAUAGUUUUGCUGUUGGUACAGCGACCGAAACUACAGAGUUACUCAGGGGAAUACUUGAGAAUGGGAAACCGGAGUUAGUAAACGGUGAGAACAACACGUCUGAGUCCAAACGGGCGCGAGUUGAACACAUCGUGUCAGGUAUGCUCCAAGGCCCAAGUAACGCAAGGCAAAUCGUUAAUGGAUGCAAAAAGCGAAAGUUGUACCAGCCUCAGCAACACGGCAAUGAUCUGGAUGAGGAAGAAGAUGAAGACUUAGAUGAAGAGAACGAUUCUCCUACUAAAGUGAGACGCCAGGAAGAAGUAAGCUUGAAAGUCCAGAUUCGCAAGAUGCAACAACAGUUGGCAGUGAUGCAGGAGCUUAUUACCGGCAAAGCCGAAGUCGUUCCUCCUUGUGGUUUACCCGAGAUUUACCGUGGCUCUUCUGGUCUUAAAGAGAACGUGAAUCCGGUCCAGAGUCAGGAGCUGGAUACGAGAAGUAGACAAUCAUGUAUCGUCAAGUCCAGUAGCCAGGUGUCUCUUGCCGAUGUUGAUGGACUGGUGGAGGCGCUCAAAACAGAGAUUGCUGCUAAUAUUCCUCAGAUCAUAGACUCCUUUGUCUCAAAAUACAAGCAGGGUCAUGGACCACAUAAACUUGUCGAUAUUGAGCCUUCCAAAGAUAUUAGUCUUCUCUCGCACAUGCUCGAUAGAAAAUCCCCCCGCACCAAGAUCGUCGAUCGAGGGAUUAAAAUAAACGGUCAGACGCCACUUACCUCACGUAGUAGUCCUUACCCGACUGACCUUAGUCCUCGCACUUAUACUUUUUACCCCCCUGUGUACAAAUCUCCAUCGUUUAGCUCAACUCCUCCUUCACAACAUAGCCCAGAAGGCAUGACUCACUGCUAUCUUCCACCACCUUCUACUUCAGUAGGAUAUGAAGGGACAGGUCAUGCUGAAGGAAAUGAACAAACAGAGCCAAUGCCUUUAGUUGUCACUCCUAAGAAGAAACGACACAAGGUGACGGACACCCGCUUGAUCCCUCGGCUGGGAUAUUCAACAAGCAGUAACGGGAUAGACCAAACCUUCAGCCAGCAGCCCCCACCACUAGUACCAGUUUCCCUGCCUACUUCGGUAGCUGUCCUCAACCCAAGUCUCCAUCAUUCUCAACUACUUUACGAGCAGGCCCGUUUCACGCAAUACCUCACCGACUCUCAAAGCGACGAUUCGUCCUUCCGCACUUCCACAGCCGUCCACCCAUCGUUGGAAGAAUCUGGAAGUUCCCCUGACGUUUCGCGUCAGCAGGAUAAUGGCAUGGGGUCAGAAUGCAGCGAUAACCAGAGUUUAGAUUCUGGACUGGCCAUAACCAGCACCCUGACUCCCAUGCACUUGAGAAAAGCCAAAUUGAUGUUUUUCUUCGUCCGCUAUCCCAGCUCCGCCAUCAUUAAAAUUUAUUUCCCGGACAUUCGUUUCAACAAGAAUAACACAGCCCAGCUGGUCAAGUGGUUCUCUAAUUUUCGGGAGUUCUUCUACAUCCAAGUUGAAAAAUACGCCAGACAAGCUAUCGGAGAGAAUAUUAAAGCUCCAGAAGACUUGAAAAUCACAUCUAAUUCUGAGAUCAUGAGGAUUCUGAACCUUCACUACAACCGAAACAACCACAUUGAGGUCCCAGAACACUUCCGUCAAGUGGUGGAACAGACUCUUCAGGAGUUCUUCAGAGCCAUUUUGUCGGGAAAGGACCAGGAACAGUCUUGGAAAAAAGCCAUCUACAAGGUAAUAGCUCGAUUGGACGAUACUGUUCCGGACUAUUUUAAAUCACCAAAUUUCCUGGAACAAUUGGAGUGAAAAUGCUUUUCCUAUAGACUGUGUUAUUACACUUCAGAACCUGUUUGACGUCAAAUUGUGGCGAUUUGGCCAAACAUACUCAUCAACAAUACAUAUCUUUACUAAAACCGAUAUCACGUGAUGAACUUCAGCUUGGAAAGAAGUCAUAUUUGCGUAUGAUCGCAGGGAGGUGUUACUGACCUUUUAUCUUAUUUCAUUUUUUGUGGUACACACUAAACACUGAUAUUAGUUUAAAGUUAACAUAUAGAUUCAUCUUGAAAGACUUUUAUGCGAUAUAAAGUGGAUAAAGUUUGUCUUUGUGUAAAACUUAAGAUUUUACACAAUAAAUAUGGACUCGUGCCUUGGAACAGUAUCUCGGCAUUCAUUGAAAAAAAUCAUUAUACUUAGCAGAUGUGUUUCCAUGAGAGGGCAAGGUUUUUUACGAUUUGAAAGUUCAAUACGAAAGUGUUUUUGUUUCUGGCAAAAUAUUAGAUAAACAACUGUUUUUGAAGUGUAACAAAACGUUCUCGUAAGUAUCAUCAGCUGUGAUUGUCGGUCGCAUUAACCCAUAUACUGUCGUCCUAUUGGUUGUUAACCGUAUUAAUAAUUUGAGUGUCUUUUAGAGGCCAUGAUGAGUGCCCUAGUCACAAUCAUGUUAAUCACUACCGACAUCAGUAAGGAUAUGUGUCCUUCACCCACGUGUCGUCUAACCGUAAAUGUGUGUGCCUAAGUUUUAUUUAUUUUUGCAAAAUUAUAUGAUACUAUGCUAAGUACAGAAGUUAAGUAGAAAGUAAAAAAGAUGAAAUGUUUAAAAAGUAUAAGUUUUGUAUUUUAUAAAAUGGAGGAUAAACGUUUGUCCCAUAUUUCGACAUAUAUAUUUUCUUAUGAACCCGUAUAAUCAAUCAUAUCAGAGAUAUCCUUCAAUGUUAAGAUGGUUUAUGUAUAUUACAGUUUUCCAGGUCGUGUGUAAAUUAUUAAUGUGAUAACAUCUAACAUUCCUUUUUGAACAUUUAUCAACAGAGUAUAGCGUAAUUAAAUGAUACAAUGUGUCGUUCACAUAUUUCAUUAUUUUAAUAAAACAUAUCUUGUCUGCAACUAGUCACAUCCAAUAUAUCCUAAAAUACCUUUGUGGUUAGUUGUGUUAUCAAGCAUUGUCUUAAUGACAAUUUAUUACUCAGGAUAGUUGUGAGGUUUUAAUUCUUCUCUAAGCCUAAAAGAACAAAUACUUUUUACGAUUGUAUAUAUUAGAAGUUAAGUUAACGAUAUGACAGUUGUCAUUACCAUUUCAACACGAAUAUCACUGGCUUUACCAAUAGAGCAGGUUAAAUUAUGGUUUGAACAGAAAUUAUGGUUUUAGCAGAAUUGAAUGUAGAUUAUAACUUUAACAACAUAGCUGUUUAUCUAAUGGUUUAGCAAUAUGGCUUGUUAGUACGAAUUCAACAUUAUCAUGGAUUAGUGUGGUAAAUAACGUCUUAUGUCGGUGGUUUCUAAAUAAUAACAUCACAAAUAAACUGACUUAAAAUAUUAUAUCUGUCUUAUUGAGAUAUCAUAUCAUACAAACCACUAAUCAGUGUGAUGGAUUAUUUAACGGUUUUAACAUGACGACGGAUUAAACGAUAACUUUAACGUCAUGGCAGAUAAGAUGGCCAUCAACAGAAACAGGAUACUAAUCUUAGAUUUUAGCAAAACAAGUGAAUAAUAAAUUUAGCAAUUUUACACUGCAAUAGGUAGAAUAAUGGAUUCAGAUUAUUGUCUGAUAGCAUUGUGUGUGAAAAUAGAAUGGCAGUUUUAGCUGAAAUUUCAGAUGUACUAAAUCUCAUCAGAAAUAUAAUUUUCUCAACGCUUUAGCUGCUGUGGUUGAGAGGACAUUGUAUUUUACGGCUGUUUCGUGCAUGUAGAGACCCAUCCGUUAGUUGAUCAUUUAGUCAUUAGUAGGCCUAGUCAUGACUUUAAAGCAGUGACGGGACCAUAAAGAAUAUUUUAUCAUAAGGUAUUUGUUUACAUACAUAAAUUUUGCAACACUAUUUCGUAAAAUGCUCUAUCAAAAUUAUAAAUAGAACUAUGGAUAUGUCCGUUUUUCAUCCAGUUUAUAUAUAUAUAUAUACACACACACUUAUAUAUCGUGCAUUUAUGUACUUCAAAUCGGCGACGAUUGAAGUUAUGAUGCAAUGUUCUCUGCUGUAGCUUCGCCGUGCAAAGAUUUUGAGAACACUUACCUUCAACAAAUCAACCUCAAUACUCUUCAACACUGUUGUUUGCUAUGUUGCUAUAGCAACAGAAUCACCAUAUCAUUUUGUGACAGUUCUACACAAUGUUUACGUCAA